CGAAGACUUGCUUUUCCCGACACGUGGACCCUCUAGACCUCAUUACUACUCACACUAUAGCCGCCAUUCAUUUUGCGGCCAGCACCUUCGACUCGUUGUUUUUCCCUCUCGAUCCUCAGAUUCAGUACAAUGCUUACAGAGUCCUAUUACUUCGUAGAUUGGGUUUUAGCCCUCAAUGCGAACGUACAUGUGGCUAAUCACCGCGAUUGGUUCACCGAGUACACCCCUUUCGAGUCCGAAGUCUGUGCCCAUUAUGCUUUCCCCGAAUCCAACAAGCUCAAGGUGAAAGGCAUCGGCAAAGUCGAGCUAGAUGUACGCUCGCACGACACAAAUACGCAAGAGCAAGGACCCACUCACCACCGCUUGAUACUACAUGAUGUGCUUCAUGUGCCAAGUUCUGUAUGCAAUGUUAUCGGCAGGCCUUUGUCUCAGUCAGGAACAUGCUACAAUCUUCUCAUCCGGCCGCAAGGUUCUUGUCUGACAGACAAAAAGUCAGGCAAACAGCUAGGCAUGCUUAACGAUACUCCGCUUUUGCAUCUGAGGUUGCGUGGACACGCUGAGGGUCACAGCAGCAUGAACGAUAACGUGCACCACAUGAUUGGCCCUCUUUGGCCUGAAGAGGAACGGAUACGCUGGGAAGAAUAUCGGACGAAGCUGGCGGUGGCUCGUGACGGCCAUUCUGGAAUCCUAGAACAAGGCUCAACCAGCGAGACUACUAUGUCGUCCCUCCGGUACAAAGAAUUUGUGGACAUUCAGGGCAAGGUGCCUGGAGACGACUCCAUCAAGGACAAGGGCGAGGAGAAGAUCAAGAAGAAGAAAAAAAAAAGGAAGCGAGGUGGCGCAAAGGCGAAGAAUAAGGCGCGAGUAAUAUCAGACGAUACCAUGUCUAGCACCACAGCGGGGCAAAAAGACCGGGGCGAGGAUGAAGAUGAUACGAGCAGCAUCGACCCAGAACAGUUUUUGGCCGAUCUCGAAGAAAAUCCUAUGAGCCAUUUGGCAGACUACCACUUCACGUCCGCGGAACUCAAAUGGAUUGCAAAGCACUAUGGAUACUCUUCCAACUUUAUGCUUUGCUUUGGUCUAAAACCGUUCGACGACGAAGACUGCGCUGAGGCGAAGACGAUCAUUAGAGCAUUGAUGAGCGCUAACGACUGAGUCCCGAUAAUGUACUUCCUAUUAAGACGUACAGAUGGAGUCCUAGCGCUCGAUUCAAUGCGUCUGCUCACUAUCUUACCGAAUUGCAAAAUCCUUGAGACGAAUAUCCCCGCGUUAUUAACACAGUAUCUCUGGCGCCAAUUUGAGUUUCGAACAAACUGCAUCAGUAGUAUCUAUAACUAAAAUCAAUACAAAUUCAGCUCGACGCUCUCCGCUUUGCUUGAGCUUUUUUCCUGUUUCAAC